CUUUAAGAUGUCUGAAAGAUAUAAGUUGGCCAACGCCCCCUCAGACUCUCAACCAUUGCAAGCCCAUCGCUCAAUCAUACACUCUAUUGAAAGAGCAGACUCGUUCUAUCUACCACUUCUCCUAUCAGGUGUUAUUCGCAACCUUCAACAUAUCCACCUACACACCAACCUUCAACAUGAAAUUCCAUACCGCCGCACUCGUCGUCGCCUUCUGCGGCUCCGUCCUCGCCGCGCCCCCCGCGAGCUACUACAACGAGCAGGGCAUCAUUCCCGGAUGGCCGCCGUUCGGUGACAGCGACUUCUCGGAGGCCUCUGCUCCCGUGCAGCCCGUCGCUAGGGCUGCAUUCGAGGAGGGCGGCGAGAUUUCUCUCGUUCCCAACAUUCUCGACCUCAUGCGCAAGGCCUUGUUCGAGCUCCUGAAGAAACGCCUAGGCGAGUUCGAAGGAACCGACGCCGGCAGCACCGCCGGCGACCAUUCGGACCCCAAGACUCUGGGAAGCAAGCUUGCUGCCCUGGGACCGCUGGAGGUGGACCUUCCCGGUGUUGAUGCCAUUGUCAUUUUCGAUCAAAUUGCCAAUUAGUCUGGGUAGUGAGCUGUGUAUGGAGAGACUAUUUGGAAUGGACCAAAUGGAUUCUUGUACUGGGUGUAUCACUGGCUUUUUGUUUUGCAAUGUACUUGGCGGAGGCUAGUUCACUUGUAUGGGGGUACACUAUCUAGACACUGGUAGCAUGAGCAAGGCUUGCCAUUCAACUGACCAUGUCUCUAUUGAUACCUAGAUAGUUG